AUGUAUGGAAAUCAUUGCGGUAAAAAACAUAAAAACAUUUCUCCAACAGCAGCAGUAUCAGCCAAUAGCAUUCAAAAAUCUCGGGAUGAAAAUGAAACUGCAAAAUAUUCGGAAAAGUUGCAUCAUCCGACCAAUCAUUCAAAUGUUUCAUUUCCAUUUUCAUCAUUUGGUUAUGCUGAAGCUGUUGCACAAAAUUUUACGAUUGAUACAUCACGUGCUAAGACAAAUAGGCACGUCGUUUCAAUAUGUGCUGCAAAAUUGGGUAUGCGUGAGUAUCCGGAAGGACGAGAAGAUGGUGGCGUAUGUGACAUUUAUUGGCAUAAUAAUAUGCAACACGAUAUAAGAUCUAUUGUCAAAAAUUCUCAAUCUAAAAUUAAUAAGUUUCCAGGAAUGUCAGAUUUAUCGAAGAAAAUUUCGCUAACGCGAGCAAUUUCUUCAAUGCGUCGUUUGUUUCCGGAUGAAUAUACAUUUUAUCCUUUAAGUUGGUUUAUUCCGGCACAACUUGAUACAUUCAUCAAGCAUUGUGAUAAAUGUGAAAAAGCCGAAGACAAUUCGACAUCAUUCCGGAAUAGCAAUUGGUAUAUUGUUAAGCCGGAUGAUGGAGCUCAGGGAACAGGAAUUUAUUUAAUCCAAAAACCAGAUCAAAUACGGAAACCUGAAACGUGUCAACUAAUUCAACAGUAUAUUGCGGAUCCUUAUUUAUUGAAAGAUAAUCUGAAAUUUGAUUUUCGCGUAUAUGCUGUCAUCAAAAGCAUCAAUCCAUUGUCAAUUUAUGUUGCUCGAGAAGGUAUGGCGCGAUUUUGCACGGAACAAUAUGCGACACCAAGCUCAUCAAAUUUUGGCAAUUUAUAUGCUCAUUUGACAAAUUAUUCAUUGAAUAAAGAGAAUAACGCUUACAUUCACAGUUUAUCCCUACGAGAUCAGAUCAAAGGAAGUAAACGAUUACUGUCCACCGUUUUUCAUCAAAUGGAAGCGCGAGGUGUAAAAAAGCAGCAGUUAUGGCAUGAUAUUAAAAUAAUAAUUGUUAAAACGGUAAUUGCAAUGCUACCUGAAAUUAUUCUCAAUUACGAGCAUUAUUUCUAUGAUACAGUAGGCUUACAAUGCUUUCAGAUAAUAGGUUUUGAUAUACUGAUUACAAAAAAUUUGGUACCAAUGUUGUUGGAAGUAAAUUCAUCUCCUAGCUUAACGAUCGAGCACGAUAUUUUAUAUCCAUUUGAUGAUAACAAGGAAAAUAUUCAACCUAUAAGGGUACGCUCUGUUGUGGACGAAAUUAUUAAAAUUCCAUUGGUAAGAGAUACAAUUCUUUUAGUUCUCAAUUUAAUUGAUGAUGUUUAUCCGACUCAGUCGCCAGCCAAUUUAACACAUAGGAAUAAUAACUGUACACGGAAAGCAAUGGAUAAUAUGGGCAAUGAAUUUGCAGUAAAGCGAAGAUGCCAUCUAACAGAGAUUUUUCCAUGUCGCUACGGUCACAGCAGUGGACAUUUGCUGUUUUUAGACAAAGCUGUUUAUUUAUUUAUGCAAUUUGUAAAUUUGAAACAAACAACAGUUUUGAUAAUUUCCGGUGCUCGAAUUUUUUUAAAGAAAUGCAGUUUGUUAGAUACAAUAACAACGGAGGAAAUGGAAAUAAAAUUUAUGGAAAUUUACAAAUAUUUUACGGUAAACGAAUAUAUCCCAUAUGUCUCCGGUUUAUCAUUUCAUGGCUUUCUCUAUCUUCUCUAUUACAUUGCUCAAUUGAAAUUCCCAUUUUCUGUAUACUUAUCGGAACAGAUGCAGCAUUUGCUUGCUUACUGUGAUUCAUCUCUUAGAAGUAAUGGAGUGAGAUCGACACGAUUGAGACGUGUUCAAAUUAAUCACAAAAACUGUCAAAACGUUGAAAUCUAUUUGCUUCCCUCACGGAUACAUACGAAACGGACAAGCCGUCCCCAGUCAAACUUGAAACCAACCGAAUCGACGAAACUUCAACAACGGUACGGACGAUCGCUUCCACGCACGUUAAAUGGAAUGGUUUCAGAAGAGACUUCAGUAAAUUUUUUUGUAAAUCAGAAUACUAGGAAAAAAAAUGAGAUAGUAUUGCCAAGGAUACAACAAUCUUUCCGAUUUUAA